AUGUCUGCCCCGUACCCCGGCCAGCGCCUCGAGAAUGGCCGUCGCCCUUCUUUCCCCUUCCACGUCGUCUCGCCAGCAAUCACCCUCCGGCUUCCUCGUCACCCUCGCCCCCCUCCCCCCUCCCCGUCCAGCAGCAGCAGCGCUGCCUUCUCGACACGCCCACCACGACGACCGGACGAGCAUGCCCUCGAGCGGAGCGACGGCAGCGACGGAGACGACGAUAACAACAACACCGACACCACCGAUCCCACGUCAACACCCACUUCGACGCACAUCCACUUCAACACGCACGUCGGCACGCACGUCGACACCAACGUCGACACCAACGUCAACACGCACUCCACUCCCCACAGCAGCACCAACAUCAACAAAAACACCAACGGAGCGACGGCAGCGGCAGCGGCAUCGACCUCGACGCACCUCUUGCCUUGA